AUGGGGACCUGCUUGGCCCCUGGGGGAGGCAGAGCCACCCACACCACCCCUUGCCCUCAGGCUGCUCCAGUGCUGGACCUGCAGCCAGAGUCGGUAGGCUGUGGGGCAGGGCCUUCCCAGGGGACCUCAGAGCCCCCGCACUCCCCAUGGCCACCUGAUGAGGAGGAGGAGGAAGAGCGAUGGAAUGAGGACCCCGAUGGCAUCCACAACCUCAUGUCCCGGAUGGAGCGGGACCAGGUGACAUACUUCAUCUGGACCAACCGCUGCGGGGUACAGGCGGGGGUCCAGCAGUGGCUGUCACCCUUCUCUAAACAGGAGGGGCUGUGCCUCAACCUGCGAAGCCUGCCCUGGUUUGGCCAAGCCGACCCCGACACCUUCUUCCCCCGGUGCUACCGGCUGGGGACUGUGGAUGAGUGGCAAGCCUUCAUCGAGGAUUUCCGCCUGACGGCAGCUCGCAGCCUGCUCAAAGUGGCCCUGGAGAGGGCUAGGGAUGGGCUGGCAGGGACAGAGCAGCGCCCAAAAUCUGAUGAGGGGCAAGCGGGGCCAGGGCCCCCCUUGCCCCCCCAUCUGCUGGAGGAGGCCCUCCAGGUCUGCAGGCAGCACCUGAGCAGCCUGGGGCACCAGGACAUCGACAGGGACCCCCUGUCCCCACACAUGAUGGGCACCGACUGGGACCGCUUCCUGCAGGACUACUACCGCGUGGUGCACGAGGGGGCCGGGCUGGCACUGAGCGGGGCACAGCGGGAGCAGUGUCGGGCCCUGCUGCAGCACCUGGCCGGGCAGCUGCCCCAGCUCGGCAUGGAGGGUGACCGCAACAUCUGGAUCCUCAAACCUGGUGCCAAAUCCCGUGGCAGGGGUAAGGCCGGGGGGAGCUGGGAGGGGAGGGGCACAGGCUCUCCCCAAGGAGGGGUCCCACCAUCACUGUGUUCCCCAGGCAUCGUCUGUGCAGCACGGCUGGACAAGGUGCUGCGUCUGGUGGGGGGCUGCGCAGCGCCCUCGGCACGGGUGGGCGAGUGGGUGGUGCAGAAGUACGUGGAGCGGCCGCUGCUCAUCUUCGGUACCAAAUUUGACAUCCGUCAAUGGUUCCUGGUGACAGACUGGAACCCGCUGACCGUCUGGUUUUACCGAGAGAGCUACCUGCGCUUCUGCUCCCGGCCCUUCUCCCUGCGCCGCCUGGACCCACGAGCCCCGCUGCGAGGAGAAGGCACAUGA